AAAAGAAAAGAAAAUUAGUGCAGUUAAAGAUGAAUUAAACACCAGCUACUUACCCAACAGCGAAGAAGUCCAGCGAGCUGCUCUGCCGUUGUACCGUCAGUUGGGGCGAAACUGUACUUUGGUGAUCCGAAGAGUGCAAGAAGGAGGGAAAGGAAGAGGAAGUGGAGGAGUUGUGAAGGAAAGAGGAAAAGUUAACGUAGGAAAGGAGACCAAUUAAUUUUGUAGCUGCUCGAAGAGCUGCUGAACAAAAAGUUGGGGUUUUAUUUACCGACCACCCGAACAAACUACAAAAUUAAUUGCGGGUUCGGUAUUCCUCUCCCACGAUGGCUGACGAAAAUCCGGACUUCACCGAGACUCCCUGCUCAACCUGCAACACGGUGUCGACCGAGGAUGAGCUGAUGGUUGGCUGCGAUAGCUGCAAACUGUGGUUCCACGCUCGGUGCGUCAACCUCAAUCCGGCUGACAAGAAGUCGGGGAAGAAGUGGUAUUGUCCGGACAAGGACUGCCAAAAGAAGAAAAAGACUAAGAAGUCCGUUGAGGUACCGCUCCCAGUACCCCCCGAGUUGCAAGAGAAGCUGAACGCUUUGGAAGAAACUCGGAAGCGUGCGGUAGCGGAACAGGAGAUGACGCGAGUCCUGAAGGAGAAGGAGUUUGAGUUGGCUGCUUAUCUUCAGGAGCGUCAGAUGAAGAUCGACGAAGAGCUCCGCGAGAAGGAAGCCAAAAGGGCUGAGGAACUUCGCGAGAGGGACUUCAAGCGGCGCGAGGCCGAUCUAGUGGCGGAGAUGGUGAAGAAGGAGGAGCACCUGAAGCGGAUCCAACAGCUGGAAACUACGUUCCGGGACAAAAGCGCCUCCAUCGACAAGCUGCUGAAAAACAGUAGUACUCCGCUAAGAAACCCCGAAGUCAAACCGCUGACUGAAGGAAACGUCGCUAAACACGACGGCCGCGAAGAUCCUGAGGUCAAUCCGGCGAAACCUGGAGACAUUCCGGAUAAUCCUGGGACCAAUCCGGGAACUCCUGGAAGCAAUCCGGGUUCGACGAAGUCGUCUAAGAAACCGGAGUCCUCGUCGGAUAGUUCGUCGGCGUCCAGCGUCUCGACCGACGCCAACGGUGACGGAAAGAACGGGCUGGGGCUGCACGGAUCGGGUCCAACGAAGGCCCAGCGAGCUGCACGACAAGGGCUGACAAGGAAGCUGCCAGACUUCCACGGCAAGCCAGAAGAGUGGCCAUUGUUCUUCGCGGCCUACCAAGCGUCAAACGAAGCCUGCGGGUACACGGACGUGGAAAAUCUCGUGCGACUACAGGACUGCCUGAAAGGCAGAGCGCUCGAGGAGGUGCGUGGCCAGCUCAUUCUGCCCAAGUCGGUUCCGCGUGUGAUCGCCAAGCUUCGCCAGAUCUACGGCCGCCCAGAAGUGCUGCUGCAAAGCCACCUGCAACGAGUGCGCAAGCUGGAGCCGCCGAGAGCGGACAAGUUGGGAUCGUUCAUCCCGUUCGGCAAUGCAGUGGAACAAUUGUGCGAACACAUCGAAGCCGCAGAACUAACGGCGCAUCUGGUCAAUCCGAUCUUGAUCCAGGAACUCGUCGACAAGCUCCCGGACGGGGAGAAGAGGAGUUGGGUGCACUACAAGCGCAAGAAGCGCGAGGUGAAUCUGCGUACGCUCACCAACUUUCUCUCGAAGAUCGUCGAGGACGCGUGCGAGGCGACGGUCAACCUAGACUACAAACCGGACGUCAGAGCAGCGUCGGGAUCGAGCGGCCGAAGCCGAAACAAAGAGAAAGCCGCACUGUUCAACCAUAGCGUUGCAGAGGAAUCUACAGAGCGGCGAGAGCAGAAACAGCAAAGGCCGUGCAAGGUGUGCCAGUGCACGGACCAUCGGCUGUGGAACUGCGAGGACUUCAAGAAGCUGCCCUACGAAGAUCGAGCGAAGAUGGCGACGAAGUGGAAACUUUGCCAACGCUGCCUGAAUGACCACGGCGGCCAAUGCAAGCUCAAACUUCGCUGCAACGUCGGAGAGUGUCGCGAGCCGCACAAUGCUUUGCUUCAUCCGGAGACCAGGGCAGUCGGCAUGAACGCACACAUUACGUCCACGAGUCCCGUGCUGUUCCGGAUGCUCCCGGUAAAAGUCUACUGCGGUGAGAGAUCAAUGAUCGUGCUCGCUUUCCUCGACGAGGGUUCGUCCCUCACCCUGAUCGAAAGUGGUCUAGCCGACCGUUUGGGGCUGUUGGGGACGAAGGAGAAGCUCACCAUCAAGUGGACGGCCAACGUCACACGAGUGGAACAACAUUCGAGGCGGACAAAUAUUUGGGCGUCGGCGAUCAACGGGACGAAUGGCGAGAAGCUGCUGCUGCAAUCUGUGCGUACGGUGGACAAGCUGAUGUUGCCACGCCAAACACUAAAUGCUGCUGAAGUUUCGUCACACUACGAUCACUUGCGCGGGAUUCCGAUGGAUUCGUACGACGGUCGGCCAGGAAUGCUGAUCGGGUUGAAUAACAUUCAUUCGUUCGCACCGCUGGAAACGAAGGUCGGCACGAUUGUCGAUCCGGUGGCAGUCCGGUGCAAGCUCGGCUGGACGGUCUACGGACCGCGGGAUGCAGAGUCGGCGGGCGCGAGCUGUUUCCUCGGAUGUCACCAAGAAGUGACGAACGAGGAGCUGCACGAUCUUCUCAAAAGCCACUAUUCGCUGGAAGAAGCGGUGGUGACUGUGCAGCGGGAGUCGGUCGAGGAUCAGCGGGCGAGGAAGAUCAUGGAGGAAACUACGCGUCGCGUGGGUGACCGCUUCGAGACCGGACUGCUGUGGAAGACCGACGACGUCAAGUUCCCGAACAGCUACCCGAUGGCUGUGAAGCGGAUGAAGCAGCUGGAGAAGAAACUUGAGCGUUCGCCGGAAUUGUAUGACAACGUCAAGAAGCAGAUUCUGGACUACCAGGCCAAGGGAUACGCGCACGAAGCCACCGCGGAGGAACUGAACGAAACGGAUAACAACAAAGCGUUCUACUUGCCGCUCAACGUGGUGGUGAACCCGAAGAAGCCGGGGAAAGUUCGGCUGGUAUGGGAUGCGGCGGCGACGAUCGGUGGAGUCUCUCUCAACUCGAUGCUGGUGAAGGGACCAGAUCUGCUCGUGCCACUGGUGUCGGUGAUCUGUGGGUUCCGCGAACGACGGGUUGCUUUCGGCGGGGACAUCCGCGAGAUGUACCACCAGCUGAAGAUUAUCUCCGGGGACAAGCAAGCUCAACGCUUCCUAUUCCGGGACAACAUCAACGAAGAGCCGAAAGUGUACGUGAUGGACGUCGCUACAUUCGGGUCGAAGAGUUCGCCGGCGUCGGCGCAGUACGUCAAGAACCGCAAUGCGGAAGAGCAUGCCGGUCAGUACCCAGACGCCGUGGCGGCGAUCAUCAAUCGGCACUACGUCGAUGACUAUUUCGACAGCGUCGACACCGUCGAGGAAGCUGUCAAGCGGGCGAAGCAGGUGAGCCACGUCCACAAACAAGGUGGUUUCGAGAUCCGCAACUGGGUGUCCAACUCGCCGGAAGUGCUGACUGCUCUGGGCGAAGAGAAACCGAUGAGUCCGGUGUUGCUGAACCAGGACAAGCAAACACCCAGCGAGCGCGUACUCGGCGUGCGGUGGGACCCGGAGAUGGACGAAUUCGCCUUCGCCGUGAUGCACCGCGAAGAACUGAUGAAGUACCUGAAAGAGGGGAAAAGGCCAACCAAACGGAUUGUACUGAGCUGCGUAAUGGGAUUUUUCGAUCCGCUCGGCCUGCUGUCGCCGUUCACAAUCCACGGGAAGAUCAUCAUCCAACAUUUGUGGCGAACCGGCUGCAGAUGGGACCAAGACAUUGACGACGAAGCCUGGAUUCUGUGGAAGCGGUGGACGGCACUGCUGCCGGAAGUCGAAGCGCUGCGGUUUCCCCGGAGCUACUUCGGCGAUGCGAUGUCCUCGUCGAUCGAGAGUCUCGAGCUGCACAUCUUCAGCGACGCGAGCGAGCUGGCCUACGGUUGUGCGGCGUACCUACGCGCGGUCAUUGACGGCCAAGUUCACUGCAGUCUCGUCAUGGCGCGAUCGAAGGUGGCACCGCUGAAACGACAAUCAAUUCCACGACUGGAGUUGAUGGCGGCGUGCAUGGGAGCGCGCAUGAGCCAGCAGAUCCUCGGAACUCACACGCUGCAGAUCGACCAUACCGUUUUCUGGACCGACUCGAGGACCGUCCUUGCGUGGCUGCGCGCAGAUCCCUACAAGUACAAGCAGUUCGUCGCCUUUCGGGUCGGGGAGAUUCUGGAGCUGACGAGACUGGACGAUUGGAGAUGGGUGCCUUCCAAGAAGAACAUCGCGGACGUUCUCACGAAGUGGGGACCUGGACCGCCACUGCAGAACGAUUCGGAAUGGCGGAACGGUCCGGCGAUACUGUUCGAGCAGGAUGACCACGACUCACCGCCUGAGCAGAUCGAGGAGACGAAUGAAGACGCACGAGGCGUGGUACUGUUUCACGGGACAGUCAACGUGGAAGCAGUCUCGACGUGGACAAAGCUGGUGAGGGUGACUGCAACGGCGGUACGCUUCAUCGAAAAUUGUCGUCGCAAAAAGGACGGCCGUCCAGUACUGGCUGCAAAGGCCACGAGUCGCCUAGCCAAGCUGGUCAAAGCGCAGCACGAGACGGAUGUUCAACCGCUGCAACAAGACGAGCUGCGGAAGGCCGAGAGGAUUCUGUGGAAGCAAGCGCAGUUCGAGAGCUUCCCUGAUGAGAUGAGCGUGCUGACAAAGAACCUACAGCUGAAACAGGGUGAGUUGCCGGAGAAGAUCGAGCGGUCGAGUCCGCUCUACAAGCUGCUGCCGGUGCUCGACGAGGAUGGUGUUCUGCGCGUUCGUGGAAGGCUGGAGAAGAACGAAUCGAUCCCGUUCGACAAACGAUUCCCGAUCAUCCUGGGUCGAAAACACGCCGUCACCAAGAAGAUCAUCCAGCGCUACCACGAGAAGUACGGUCACGCGAAUCGGGAGACCGUGUUCAACGAGCUGCGUCAGAAGUUCUGGAUUCCGAACGCACGGGCCGCGAUCCUGGAGGUGGUCAAGGAGUGUGUGGUGCAAGCAACCAUGCGACCGUUCAGCGCGGUGGGCGUCGAUUACCUGGGACCGGUCGAAGUCACGGUGGGUCGCCGCAGAGAGAAGCGCUGGAUCGCCGUCUUCACGUGUCUAGCGGUCAGGGCGGUGCAUCUCGAAGUGGUCCAUAGCCUCACCACGCAAUCGUGCCUGAUGGCCCUCCGGAGGUUCGCGUGCAAGCGAGGCGUUCCCGAGAAAGUGUUCUCCGACAAUGCUACGUGCUUUCGGGGAGCGGACGCGGCGAGGACGAAGGCGAUCAACAAGAAGUGCGCGGAGCAGAUGACGUCGGCGACCACUGCAUGGUCCUUUAUCCCACCUGGGACGCCCCACAUGGGCGGGGCCUGGGAACGGAUGGUGCGAUCGGUGAAGGAGGCGUUGCGCGCACUCGACGACGGACGAAAGCUGAACGACGAAAUUCUCUCCACAUCUUUGGCGGAGGCCGAAGACAUGAUCAACACUCGGCCGUUGACGUACGUCCCUCAAGAGUCCGCUGAAGAAGAAGCCAUCACGCCAAACCAUUUCCUGCGCGGGACGGUAACGAGCGCGGACCUAAAGCUGGACGAGACGGUGGACACCGCUGCAGCACUACGAGACGUGUACAAGCGAAGCCAGCAGCUAGCGGGCAAGAUGUGGGAGCGGUGGUCGAAGGAGUACCUGCCCUCGCUGAACCGGCGUCCAAAGUGGUUCGAGGAUCGCAAGCCCCUCGAAGCGGGUGACCUGGUGUUCGUGGUCGACGGCAAGAACCGAAAGAGCUGGGUACGAGGUCGAGUGGUGGAGGUGUUCAGCGGGUCGGACGGACGCGUUCGGCAAGCGGACGUGAGGACAGCAGACGGGAAGGUCAACAGGAGAGCAGUGGUUAAUUUAGCGGUGUUGGAGAUCAGAGACGCCGAUACCGUCACAGCUGUCAACGCGCGCAAAGAGGACGGAAAAAGUGUGUGUGUGGCCACCAGCGUAAACACGCGCGCGGUUCGUUCACCAUUUUCACCAAGCAUAGUACGGACGUGGAACGAGUUUUCGGAGGAGAUUUUUGCGGAUUUGUUGAGGAAAAAAAGUAGAAACCUCGAAGAAGUCCAGCGAGCUGCUCUGCCGUUGUACCGUCAGUUGGGGCGAAACUGUACUUUGGUGAUCCGAAGAGUGCAAGAAGGAGGGAAAGGAAGAGGAAGUGGAGGAGUUGUGAAGGAAAGAGGAAAAGUUAACGUAGGAAAGGAGACCAAUUAAGUAAGUUAAAGGAACAAAAAAUGUAAACUUAAAAACUAAAAUAAAUACUUACUUGCAGUU